AUGUGCACGCUUUUUCUGACUACAGGUUCAUCGCUGACAUCUUUCCCUCUCUCAACGCAGGAGCGCGCUCAGCUCGUCCUGCCGUGGGUGGUGAUGGGCAUCAUCGACAUUGUGCUCAGCAUCGUCGGCAUGGCCGUGCUGGGAAUAGCAGCUACAAGUGGGGGCGAACAGUUUGGCACCGACAACACCGAAUGGCUCGCCGCAUUUGCCGGGCUCUGCGCAGUUUUUUUCAUAAUGAUGGUUUACUUCACCCUUUGCGUACUCUCGUAUUUUGAAGAGCUCGUCAAAAAGCCGGACACAAAUUUCUUUAAGGGCCGCCGAAGGAGCAGUCCCCACAUCAUGAUCCUCGACCAGCGCCGUGACACUAUUCAGGGCGAAGCGAACACCAACGCCGGAUUUCAAGCCUAGAAAACGAAUCUCAACACACAUCUUCUACACCUUAAGGUCUACAUGUCUUCCACGUGACGUCAUCGCACCAUGAUGGUGGUCAUUCGUACUUGUUCUUGCGAAGAAAAACACAUUCAAUUGUGCGGAAUGUAUGCUGGAGCUCAGCAGCAAGGCCACCAGAAUGGCAGCUAUGACGUCAGUGCAAGCCGUGUAUAGAGAAUCGCUCUCCAAUCUCAUUUGCAUUUCAGUGAUCAUCCUUAACGACCACAUAAACACAGAACUGUACAGACAA